AACUUUAUAAUUGUGCUAGAUAAUCGCAGUUAAAAUUAACGACAAUUUUGUCAUAACUUGCAUUAAUAUUUGUCAUGUAAUAUUUAAUUCGUUUUACAGUGGACUGUUUUGACAAUGGGAAUUGUUUAUUCGAGGUUGAUGCGGUCUGCUCGCACUUUCAACAUUGCAAACCGAGCCGAAAGAAUUAUUUCUCGAGAGAAACCAAUUCCUGCUCCGCAAUAUACAUCUGCAGAAAAACAAAAGAAGUUGGUAGAUGAAGUAUAUCCAGGAUUCUUGGAAAAGCAAUAUCAAAAGGAUAUGCGGUUAGACCAACGAUUAAAAGAUGUUUUUGUAACAUCGACAGAUCCGCAAGAUAUAAAAUCAAAAGCAGAAUCAAAAUUCUUACCACAGAACAGACAAAGCAUAACUGAAUUUAGCAUUGAUUUUUAUGAGCCUGCAGUAAUUUCUGAAGGAAAAUGUACAUUGAGACAGGCUUUCACAUUUAUUUCUCAACAUAGAGAUGAUCCCAUAAAAUAUAAUAGUGAGAACAUAGCUGCUGAAUAUAAACUAGAUAAAAAAGUAAUAGAUAAUAUAUUAAAGCAUUUUAAAAUUUAUGUGAGUGUUUUGCCAGAAGCACCAGAUAAACCUAUAUCAGAUCCAUUACAAGAGUUGAUUGAUCAAUCGUAUAAAGAUUAUAAGGAAACGUUUCUUACAGAAGAAAAAAAAUAGAAAGAAAAGAUAAUAUGAACAUACAAUAAUAUUGUAUAUAGAAAUAACAAUUUUUAUGUAGAAAAAUAAUUUAUUAAAUGUUAUUUCUACAUUUUACUUUUCAAAGUAAGUAUACACUAGUUUAUAUCGACAUUUGGAAAUGGUGUAUAUUUUACAAUAAAAAAGGAGUUAUGUAUACUUUUGAAAGUGUUUGAUAAGUAAUGUCAGUGAUCGGCUUCUUCAAUUAGUUGCACAUUCUUGUAAAAUCUGCAAGUAAGGUUUGAUAUGUUAUUCUAGCAUUGAUGAAUAAUUCACACAAUAAAAAUAUAUACUCUGAAUAUUAUUUACUUUCUAUGAUGUGAUAAGCAACAAUGAUUGCGACUAAAAUGUGGAAUGGCCUAGAGACGGACGGCAUCGAGUGAGAAUAAUCUGCGAAAAAGCUCUGGCUGUUUGAACUUGUUUCUGGAAUGGUUGCAGUCUUCAACAUCAUCCAGUAAAAUGCUUUCAUUUUUAAUCUCUUCUUUAACUCUGCACCAACUUCUUCCCGAAUACGUUUAUUGUAAUUAUUCAGCCAACGUCGCUGUGCAUAAUAUAGACAUCAAUACUAUGAGUAUUAUUUUAACGUAAUGAUAUUAAAUUCAAGAUAGUUUUGAAGUAAGUUGCAAAUAAGACUUACGUGCAACGGAGUUAGCAUAUCGACAUCGAUAAGUUUCGGUUCGUAAGGGACCAAAGUGACAUCUCUGAAUUUCAGGAAUUGUUGCUUGCUAUGUGUCUAGAACAAUUGAUAAUUAGCAACUAGUAAUUAUGAAUAUUAUAAUGUUACUAUUACGCAGUUUACACUUAAAAGUGUACUAAAUACAUACUGAUUUUUCAGCAGAGAUCACUUCGAUUAUGUUCUCUAAACGAACACCAAAAUCGUCCUCCUUGUAGUAUCCUGGUUCAUUAGAUAGAAAGAAACCUGGCUUCAGCUUGAUGGAACAUCCAGUGACUGAAUUGUUGACGAAAUAUGACACGCUGAUAGGCGCUGCAACGCGUAUUGUUCCACUAGAAUGGCUUUUAUCGAUUGCAUUCUGUCUUUUCGCGAAGCAAGGAUUUUUACGGGAAACUGUUGAUUACGAACAUUCGUGAACCGAAGAGAAGUGGCCGAUUCCAUGACCAGUUCCAUGCAUAUAAUCGUAACCGGUGCUCCAUAAUGGUCCCCGUGCGACAACAUCCAACUGAUCUGUCGUUAGACCGCUUGGAAAGAUCAAAGACGACAGUUGAAUCGAACCUAUCAGCACUCUCGUGUAGGCUUUCUUCUGCUCAUCGGUCGGAUCUCCGAAAUGAAGAGUCCUGGUCACAUCGACGCACCCAGUGUAUAGCAGCAAGGCGAAGGAAGCCAAACUGUAUCCCAGGCUUGAGACAUGGUCCUUAAAUCGUGCCAAAUAGUCGUGUAAUUAUGCCACCUAUAACGUUACUAAUCGUCAUGAAAUGAACAUGAAAUAAACAUUUAUUUUUCAAUUAA